AUGAGUCCCGAAGCUCCCAUGGCCUUGCGUCUUCAAGGCAACCUUCUUUAUGGUGUCACCAAGGUGUACAGUCGCCAGUGCGUUUAUACGCUCGCUGAUGUACAAGCCAUGCUUGACAAGAUGAAAACUGCACUCAAAGUUGUUCACGAUAGAGGCUUGCAGGCAGAUGCUGGUAAAGCACGACCUGAAGAACUUAUCGUGCCCUACGAUCCAGCUUUCAUUCCGGACUUUGCAUUUCCUGUUGUCGACCUUGAAUUGCUCAAUCCGCUGGGUCCAACUGUUCCUGCAGCGAAGCUUGACUCCAGCUUGCUUUCAUCCAAGAUGAGUGAUUCGUCUCAUUCUCAGCUCGAACUCAUUACCAUUCCUCAACUAGACGUUGACACGUCUGGCACUACUGUUGCUGGAUUUGGUGGAUUCUCUUUCGCUAGUGGUAGUUCUCAUUCUCCAGGUGGUCAAAACCUUCUCGACAUUGGUGGAGAAGAGGAAGGUAUCCUUCUACAACCUGACUUUGACUUUGAUGAGGAGGGUAAUAUAGUCGAUCUGGUCAUGGCAGACGCUCCGGCCAUGCCACCUGCAACGCCUGUGAGGGACAGGGUGAUCCACGAAGAGGCUGGAGAUGUCUUACAGGGUCCACAGGAAAUCGAGAUGGCGGCCACCACUCCUGCGAUAAAUGCUCUUGAUGACGUUCAAAUCGACGCCGAAGAGCGCGGACGACCAUCACCGACCUGGGGUCGUCUUCCUGAUCCUGACUACGUUGACCGAUCUAGGAAUCAGAAUGCGUCAUCCAGUCGAAAGCGCAGAGCCCAAAACAUGCUACAAAAUGAUGUGCUAACUCAGAUCAGCCGUGACGAGCUUCUGCAGUGGGAUCAAGAAUAUCUGCAACACAUGUCACGACUCGAUGCACAGCGGGCAAAUGCAAAAGGGCUUGCUCGGGCUAGGAAGAAUGCAGCAGCCUGGAUAACAGGACGCGGAAUCGGCUCUGUAGGAUUAGGUAUAGGUGUGAAUGGUCUGACGCAUCCCCUGGAGUCAUUUUGUGGAGACUCACUUCUCGCGGCUCUCUCGAGCGAGCCGCCAACAAAUGACGCACGCAAGCGUAGUUCAAGAGAGGCUGUCUCCGAAGAUGAAGAAGGCCACGAUAGAAGCGUACGACGGAGGAUCUCAGAUGCAGGCGUUGAAGUUGGCCUGAGUCACCCUGAUCAGCUUGCCAUGCAAGAGGAUGUUGAACUCGGUCUUGAUGCUCCUCCAUCUCUUCCUGACGAUGCGUCAUCUCAAAUGCCAUGGAAUAUCACUGCUUCUCUCCAAGGGUCUGUCGCGGGAUCCUCAAGUGUACCCCGUCCCUUUAACGGUUACGACAGUUCGUCUCGACGAUACCGUGGCUUUGGCAGACCAGGUAGUCGCUUUUCAAGCGCGAGUCCGCUGGCCAGGCGAGGUCUUCCUCGGGAUUUGUUUGGCCGCGACAGCCUCAGUAGCCUGUCGCUCAGAGACUUUGGAGAAUUCCAUGAUGAUGAUGACCUUGGUGAUUUCCCUCAUGCGACUGGCUCUGAUGGUUUCGCUGAAUCUUCGAACAACAAUGCAUUCGAAAGUCAAGUCACAUUAGCCAGUCUGGAUAAUAACGACAGGAACUUUCUUGACUAUUUGCAGACACGCGUGCAGGGCACAAAAGUCGGACGAGAUUCGCCUGGUAUCCAGAAAAUAUCUUUCUCCGAAUUGCUUCCACCGACCUCUACUUCUCGCGCCGUGGCGACGCAAGCACUGCUACAUGUGCUGACCCUUGCGACCAAGAACGUUAUUCAAGUUUCGCAAGGCAAACGUUGUCGAGGAGCCCCAUACGCCAUUGAUGACCUUCACGAAAUACGCCUGAGUAUCAGAGAUUAA